AUGGUCGCAGUCUGGAGCCCUGUAUCUGAUGUCAACAAACAUGUUUAUGGGUUAUCUGUGUUCUUCAAGCCAUCUCAGAUAGUUCUUUAUCUGAGAAUGUGUUUAGUUUAUAGUGCUGGUGCCACAUCCACAUCUCAGAGCCUGAUGGACAUGCAGGAUGAUGCUCCUCUUAUCGGAUGCUAUGUUCAAUCAUUACUGUCCAAUGAAGCUUCUCCUUACUCAGCCACUAAAGGAGGAGAGGCCAAUCCAGUUCACAUAUACAUGGACUUACUGCAACAGCUGCUGUCAGCUGUAGGGGGUAUCCCAGUGAUGUACUGUCUUUUGGAAGUGGUCUCUGUGUGUCCAGAGAAACUUACCCCCAACUUUGUUGACAAAAUCGACUGGAUUAAAGGUCUCAUGAACACUAAUAAAGAAGACAUGCGUGAAUUGGCAGCACAACUGUACGCUGUAGUUGUUUCUACUAUGUCUGGAAAUGAGCUUAGAACUGCUGUACAAAACCUGAUUAAGACAACUAAAGACACACAUAGUCCUGAGACUCAGCAUGGUGCCAUCUUGGCUCUGGGCUACAUGGUGGGCAGAUACAUGAAUAAGAGGCGGAGCCUAAUGCCUACUGAACCCACUCCCAAAGAAAAUGAGGAACUAAUUGCCAUAGCCACAAAAGCCAUCGGUUCAUUUUUGGAUAGCGAGUCUCCUCUGUUGACUGUUGCUGCUGUGACAGCAUUGGGAGAGAUUGGGCGUAACAGCGUGUUGCUGAUACCAGCUGAUGGAAAUGGCUUCACUAAACUCAGUCUAGUGGAUAAUCUGCUUGCUAGGAUCCCAUCUGGAAAAGAGACUGGCAAGAUGAAAGAACGUGCCAUCCAGACUCUUGGGUUUCUGCCGGUGGGAGAUGGUGAAUUCCCACACCAGAAGAAAAUCCUGCAGGGCCUCAUGGAUUCAGUAGAGGCCAAGCAGGUGGAGCUACAGUUUACAGUAGGAGAGGCUUUAACCAAUGCUGCUAUAGGAAGCUGCUCUGGAGCUGCCCGAGAUGUGUGGACUUGCACAGAAGACCAAUACUGCCCGCCUGACAAUGUGAAGAAUAAUGAUAUUGUGCCCUGGGUUUUGAACUCCGUCUUGUCAAAAUAUAUAUCAAGUCCAAACCCUCAUGUUCGGCAGGCUGCCUGCAUAUGGCUCUUGUCUCUAGUCAAGAAACUCAGCCAUCACAAAGAAAUACAGUCUCAUCUGAAGGAGAUACAGACAGCCUUUAUUUCUAUCUUGUCUGAUCCAGAUGAACUCAGCCAAGAUGUGGCAUCUAAAGGACUCGGGAUGGUUUAUGAGCUCGGAGGAGAACAGGAUCAACAGGAAUUGGUAUCAACCCUUGUGGAAACUCUCAUGACUGGUAAAAGAGCCAAACAUACCGUCUCAGAGGACACUGAAGUCUUCCGGGGGGAGUCCCUUGGUAAAGCACCUGAUGGACAAGGACUCUCAACCUAUAAGGAGCUCUGUGCAUUGGCUAGUGAUCUAAACCAACCGGAUCUUGUUUAUAAGUUCAUGAAUCUUGCCAAUCACCACGCCAUGUGGAAUUCCAGGAAGGGGGCAGCAUUUGGGUUUAACAUUAUUGCAGCUAAAGCAGGUGAGCAGCUGGCUCCUUUCCUGCCUCAGCUGGUUCCCCGCCUCUAUAGAUAUCAGUUUGAUCCCAACCUGGCCAUCAGGCAGGCCAUGACUAGCAUCUGGGAUGCUCUGGUCACGGAUAAAACCAUUGUGGAAAAAUAUUUUAAGGAAAUUCUUCAAGAUGUCAUUUCCAGCCUCACUAGUAACAUGUGGAGGGUGCGGGAGUCAAGCUGCUUGGCUUUGAACGAUCUGAUACGUGGAAGGCAGGCAGAUGAAAUCAUUGACCGCCUGUCAGAAAUCUGGGAGACUCUGUUUCGGGUGCUGGAUGAUAUAAAGGAGUCCGUUCGUAAGGCGGCAGAUCUGACUCUAAAGACUCUCAGUAAAGUGUGUGUGCGCAUGUGUGAAUCAACAGGUGUUACUGCUCAGAGGACAGUGGCUGUGUUGUUGCCAACUCUACUGGACAAAGGCAUCAUCAGCAACGUAACCGAAGUGCGGACUCUCAGUAUCCAAACUCUAGUGAAGAUCAGUAAGACAGCAGGCAGCCGUCUGAAGCCCCAUGCUCCUCGACUCAUCCCGGCUCUGCUGGAGGCCCUGAGCGUGCUGGAACCGCAGGUGCUCAACUACCUCAGUCUGAGAGCCACAGAGCAGGAGAAGAGUGCAAUGGAUGCCGCAAGGUUAAGUGCAGCCAAGUCCUCUCCUAUGAUGGAAACCAUUAACAUGUGUCUACAGCACUUGGAUGUAUCUGUCUUAGGCGAGCUUGUUCCAAAACUUUGUGAUCUACUAAAGAGUGGAAUCGGACUUGGAACAAAGGGAGGAUGUGCCAGUGUGAUUGUGUCAUUGACAGUGCAGUGCCCUCAAGAUCUCACACCAUAUUCAGGUAAACUCAUGAGUGCACUCCUAAAUGGGAUCAAUGACCGUAGUAGCGUCAUUCAGAAGUCGUUUGCCUUUGCCAUUGGACAUCUGGUCAGGACAGCCAAAGACGGCAGCGUUGAGAAGCUUCUGCAGAAACUGAAUACCUGGUACCUGGAAAAAGAGGAGGCACUAUACAGGUCCUCAUGUUGUCUGGUGGUUCAUGCCAUCAGUCACUACAGUCCUGAUGUGUUGAAGGCUCAUGCUGGAGUGGCUCUGCCGCUGGCAUUUCUGGCCAUGCAUCAGGAGCCCGAGGAAGAGAAGGGAGAGAGCGCCGAGGCCAACCUGUGGUCUGAGGUCUGGCAGGAACACGUACCUGGCAGCUUUGGUGGAAUCAGGUUGUACAUGACUGAGCUCAUAGCCAUUACUCAGAGGGCUCUGCAGUCUCAGUCCUGGAAGAUGAAGGCUCAGGGUGCCGCUGCCAUGGCAACUAUUGCUAAGCAACAAACGGGCUCACUGGUGGCACCUCACCUGGGCAUGGUGUUGAGUGCACUGCUACAGGGGCUUGCAGGACGCACCUGGGCAGGGAAGGAAGAGCUGUUGAAAGCUGUUGGAUCUGUAGUGUCUAAAUGCAGUGUGGAGCUACAGAAGCCUGCAGCAGGUCAGCCGACGUUGAGCGAGGUACUGGAUCUGGUGCUGAAGGAAUGUAAGAAGGAGAGUCUGGUUUAUAGAAUGGCGGCUUUACGCAGUGCAGCAGAUAUCUUGGAAUCGACUCAGGAGGAUCGUUUUCAGGAAAUCACCGACAUUGUGCUUCCUCUCAUUAAAAAGAAUCAGCCAGCAAGUGCCAGCUCCCCAAAACAUGAUGAUGAUGACGACGACGAUGAAGCUAAAGCUCGUGAAUUACAGACAGAAGUUCUGCUGUGUGCAUUUGAGACACUUGGAAAGACCUGGCCUAAAACCAUUCAGACACAGAAUCAGUUCCAGAAUGAGGUUUGUAGCCUAAUGUGUGAUAGACUGAAGUUGAGCACGUGGAGAGUGCAACUGGGAGUCCUGCGUGCAUUGAAGGUCUUCUAUCAGGGAUUGUUGCUGCUGGAUAAGGAUCAUCAGAACGCUGCUGUUCUGACUGAGAUGUUGUCUGAAACCUGCACUGCUCUGGCAACACCAUUAGAAAACAAAAGCUAUUCUUCAGUAAGAACAGACGCCUUGGCGGUAGUCGAACUUCUGUUGAAGAGGAUUGAAGAGAGCGAUCAGUGGGAGUGUCUCUCUGAGAGGAGUCGGCAGCAGCUUCAGCGUUCUUUAGCUACAAUGGAAACAGACAGCCGUCCAGACCUGAAGGACAAAGCCCAGACAAUGAGAAGAAAAAUACAAGCCCUGCCAUGAAUAACCUGCCCAAACACACACGCACACACUGUCCUGAGGGUUGAUUUGAGAAUCUCCACCGUAUGUUUCAGUAAUAAUCCUCACAGCCAUGUCACAUACACACAUAUUAUGCCAUUAUCUCUGCACUCAAAACAACUCAGUGUAGGCCAUAGACCUUUUUUUCCAUGUGUAAAUGCUUUUACCUGAUGCUAUAACUAAUGUGCAAAGACUACAUUUGGGUACAAGGAGCCUCAUCAUGUUUUGCUUAGACAUUUUCACCAACCAUUUUAACCUUGUUAAAGUCUCAGUAUGUGCAAGUGUGACUCCUUUCAUCUUGGUUUGGUUUUUUUGCUCAAGAUACUGGUAAUCAUGGAGAUUGUGAAGCAGAAGGCUUUCUGGAGUUACACACAUGAAACUACUUGUUUGGCAAGAGACUGAUCAGGGCCAGAACAGCCCUUGUACAUAUACACUAAAUUACAUUCUAUGUUAAAAAAAUUCACGAGUGAAGAUACUGAUUGAGAACUGUCCACAUAGUCAACCUUUUGCUUUCAUUCAUUCAGUGCUGUUAGAAAAGGAGGCAUCACAAAGUCAAGCAAAAGGGACAGGGAUCUGUCCAUACUUUGAAUAAAGUGGAAUGUUUUUAAAUGAGGAUUGGUGUAAAGGUAUUAAACAUGAAUUAAAGGGAAGUUUGUAACAUAAAUGGAAUUGAAACCUCAAAUCUGCGUUUGUCCAUGUUUGCAUGUGUGAAAAUAUAUUUUCUGUAAUGAAAUCUUUGUAAAGAGGCGUGUUAUACUGGGUCUCAUCUCACCGUUUGGGCCCUUAAAUGAAGAAUAAAGUAGUGCACAUUUU